UGGGGCGGGGCGGCACGGGGUCCCGGCAGCCAUCCCACUGCCUCUUCUCUCUGUCCCUGGAUAGGAUUUCCUGGCAUCAGCAAGGCCGCCUCCUUGCGAUGUUCCCAGGACAUCCAGCAUGCAAAUGCUCCACCCUGAACCCAGUGCAGCCAACCCACUCAACACUGACUCCUUUUACUCCCGAAUUACCAAGAAUUCUCAUGCAUGGGAGGAUGAUGGCCUGGGUGUUCCUAAUUGUCUUCCUAGCAUCUAAAGUGGUGUUAUUCACCCCUCUGGAAGCUGCUCUCCCUGAUCCGUGAUUCUCCUUAAGUUUUUAAGUGGCAAACCACCCUGUAGGAAACCCGUGGUUUCUGUUAUUUUUCAUGGAAAGUUUUUUAAAGGGCUUAGGAGUCCAUAAGAGAAAUCCAAGUCAUUUGUUUGUUUGAUGAGCCCUAGUGUCAUGCUUUGGCCCCAUCACGGUGUUCAUGUGGCCAGCAGAUCCCUCUGCCCCUGUGCACUGUGACUUCCUCCUGUGCAAACUGAAGAUGAGUAUGCACACACACAGCAGACACACACACACACACACAGAAGCACACACUCAGUGAGACUUGCUACACACAUAGGCGUGCACAGACAUGUACACCCUCAGACACACACCCCUCUAUAUGUAAUGGCCCUGGGGAUUCUAAACCCCUUUGCAAAGCUCAGGGCAACCUGAUCAUGAGUAGCCAUGUCACUUGUGAGCAAAACCUCUCCAAUGCAGUAUGGGAAGCUGCCCUUGAAACUCAGUGACUUAAAGAUGAGGGCAGAAUCGGGGAUGGGACUGAAGGCACUGGAGCCAGUGAAACCAGGCAACGUCCUCACCAGAAGUGAGGCACAACGAGUGUCCUGCAGCCCAUGCGUCCACGGGCCCCGCUCCUGUUACCAGCUCAGACUGCAGCCUCCAGCACGAGCCUCCGUGGAGGACCAGUGCACUGUGCGUCAGGCUUGCUGCUGUCAGAUGUUUAUGUUCACUCUUGUUUCUUACAAAGCUUAUUGUGGCCCCUUUAUACUUGAAAAGUUCCCAGACCAUAAGCUGAGAGUAUAUAUUUAAGUUGAAAAGAAUUCGUUUAAGUCACAUUAUUUAAUCGUCGAAUAAAACAGUGUCUUUAUAACUGCCCCUAUCUAGUCCAUAAUUACAUGCUUUGGAUAAGGGCCUGGUUCACAUCCAAAUUCCCCAGGAGAUGAAGAGUGUCAGCUCAGGGCACACACACAUAAGCGAACUGUGAUAUAACUUGCAUUUAUUUUUUCUUGAAAAUACCAAGGCAGUUAGCUAAUAGUCAUGACACCAUCAUUCUCUGCAUACUAUUUGGUUUUCUUUUCUUUUCCUCUCUCCCCUCCACACCUCCCUUCAUCCUUUUCUGCUUUCCUUCCCUCCUUCACCUUAUAAAUAAAAAAGUCUCUGUUUACAGGGUGUUUGUAGAAAGAAUUCCUUAGUAUCCCUUGACUUAUUUCAUGGGCAUGGGUCUCCCAUGGGGUGCAGGGCCCAAGCACUUGGGCCAUCCUCCAAUGCACUCCCGGGCCACAGCAGAGAGAUGGCCUGGAAGAGGGGCAACCGGGACAGAAUCCGGCGCCCCGACCGGGACUAGAACCCGGUGUACCAGCGCCGCUAGGCGGAGGAUUAGCCUAGUGAGCCGCGGCACCAGCCCACACCUACAGGUGGUACUGUGACUGCAUUCUCUCCCGCCCCUCACCUCCCCUUCCAGCUUUGGAAGCUCACCUUUGGGCAUCAGACCUCUUGAGUUUGGAGGUGGAUUCCCUUCUGAAACAGUUAAAAACAAUCAGCAAUUAGUUGUAACAUAUUUAACUCCGUGUCCUUCCUUGGCUUCAGUUCUAUCUGUGGCUUAUCCGCUAGAAGAGCAAGCGCUUUUGUAGAAAAUCCUCCACCAUGAGAAAAACUGGGACUGGCUGGUUGCCUUCACCCCCUCUCGCCACUCUCCUCCACCCUCUUCCAUGUGGAUAUUACGUCCUUCAGAUCAGUUUCCUUAGAUCCGUUUUCAUCCUAGCCUAAACUUAGAGUGUUUCCAAAGAAAAUGCCUGUGAUUUUCCGCACUGCCCACAGAAAUAGCCAUGCCUCCAGCGUUGCUAUGAAGUUGGGCUCUUUGCUUGGCCAGGCAGAAUCUGCUGGGUCCUCCAAGAUUUAAAGAGUUAAGAGAAUUGAUGGAAUGUCUUGGAAUGUUGGCAGGGGAGGCUGCAGCCCUCUUCCUUUUGCGUUCUCACCCUGGACAGCUGGAAUCCGGCACCAUGAGAACUCAGUGGUGUCUCCGGAAGGGCGAUCUUUAACACUCUGUUCUCACCUGCCAGCUUCCGUGUGUGUUGCAGUGCACCUAGAGGCCCGGAUGUGCAACUCCGCACACUGAGGUUGAUCUUGACCUUGUCCCUGGUGAGUCCCCCAAGACGGGGAGGAAAGACUUUUAUUUAGGAGCCUGCUGCUAAUCCUUGAGGGCAAACUCUCUCAAGAUCCGGGAGGGUAGCAGUGAGGGAAGGUAGGGAGCGAGGAGAGCAAAGAGGAAGCUGAGUUAUUUUGGCUGCAUUUUUUUUUUCUUGCCUGAUUACAUCGCAGUGACCUUGCAACUUUGUGUUACUAAAAGAACACAGCCCUCUCUGUGGGACCUGGGACCAGAGGGGCAAAGGCAGAGCCUGCAGUUGGUAUGGCUGCCGGGCUGCUUGGCUCUGAGGAUCUGCCCAUGUAGCUGGGACCCGACUGGCCAAGCGCUGAGGACUGGCCGAAGAUGCUGAGACCAUGGUGCAUCUGCAGGGCUGUCUACCAGAUGACGGAGGGCCGUCGAUGUCAAGUACAUCUUCUCGAUGACAGGAAACUGGAACUCCUGGUGCAGCCCAAGCUUUUGGCCAAGGAGCUUCUUGACCUCGUGGCGUCUCACUUCAAUCUGAAGGAAAAGGAAUACUUUGGAAUAGCGUUCACCGACGAGACGGGACACUUGAACUGGCUCCAGCUAGAUCGGAGGGUGUUGGAACAUGAUUUCCCUAAGAAGUCCGGACCCGUGGUGUUGUACUUCUGUGUCAGGUUCUACAUAGAGAGCAUUUCCUACCUGAAGGACAAUGCCACCAUUGAGCUCUUCUUUCUGAACGCCAAGUCCUGUAUCUACAAGGAGCUUAUUGAUGUCGACAGUGAAGUGGUGUUUGAAUUAGCUUCCUAUAUCUUACAGGAGGCAAAGGGAGAUUUUUCCAGCAAUGAAGUCGUACGGAAUGACUUGAAGAAGCUGCCAGCCCUUCCCACCCAAGCGCUGAAGGAGCACCCUUCCCUGGCCUACUGCGAAGACAGAGUCAUCGAGCACUACAAGAAGCUGAACGGGCAGACGAGAGGCCAAGCAAUUGUCAACUACAUGAGCAUCGUGGAGUCUCUGCCAACCUACGGGGUGCACUAUUACGCAGUGAAGGACAAGCAGGGGAUACCAUGGUGGCUGGGACUGAGCUACAAAGGAAUCUUCCAGUAUGACUACCACGACAAAGUGAAGCCAAGGAAGAUCUUCCAAUGGAGGCAGUUGGAAAACCUGUAUUUCCGAGAGAAGAAGUUUUCUGUGGAAGUUCAUGACCCACGCAGGGCCUCGGUGACCAGGAGGACGUUCGGGCACAGUGGCAUUGCAGUGCACACAUGGUAUGCGUGUCCAGCAUUGAUCAAGUCCAUCUGGGCUAUGGCCAUUAGCCAGCACCAGUUCUACCUGGACAGAAAGCAGAGUAAGUCCAAAAUCCAUGCGGCGCGAAGCCUGAGUGAAAUCGCCAUUGACCUGACUGAGACCGGGACACUGAAGACCUCGAAGCUGGCCAACAUGGGGAGCAAAGGGAAGAUCAUCAGCGGGAGCAGCGGGAGCCUGCUGUCCUCAGGUUCUCAGGAAUCAGAUAGCUCUCAGUCGGCCAAGAAAGACAUGCUGGCUGCCUUGAAGUCCAGGCAGGAGGCCCUGGAGGAGACGCUGCGCCAGAGGUUGGAGGAACUCAAGAAGCUGUGUCUCCGCGAGGCCGAGCUCACGGGGAAACUGCCUGUUGAAUACCCACUGGAUCCUGGCGAGGAACCACCCAUUGUUCGGCGAAGAAUAGGGACCGCCUUCAAGCUGGAUGAACAGAAAAUCCUGCCCAAGGGAGAGGAAGCCGAGCUGGAACGCCUGGAAAGAGAGUUUGCCAUUCAGUCCCAGAUUACGGAGGCUGCCCGCCGCCUGGCCAGUGACCCCAACGUCAGCAAGAAACUGAAGAAACAAAGGAAGACCUCGUACUUGAAUGCACUGAAGAAGCUGCAGGAGAUCGAAAACGCCAUCAACGAGAACCGCAUCAAGUCGGGGAAGAAACCCACACAGAGGGCUUCGCUCAUCAUAGACGAUGGAAACAUUGCCAGUGAAGACAGCUCUCUUUCCGAUGCCCUUGUUCUGGAGGACGAUGAUUCUCAGGUUACCAGCACAAUAUCCCCUUUACAGUCCCCUCACAAGGGACUGCCUCCUCGGCCACCAUCGCACAAUAGACCCCCGCCUCCCCAGUCCCUGGAGGGACUCAGGCAAAUGCACUAUCACCGUAACGACUAUGACAAGUCACCCAUAAAGCCUAAGAUGUGGAGUGAGUCCUCUUUGGACGAGCCUUACGAGAAGGUCAAGAAACGCUCCUCCCACAACCAUUCCAGCAGCCACAAGCGCUUCCCCAGCACAGGGAGCUGUGCCGAAGCAGGAGGAGGAAGCAGCUCCUUGCAGAACAGCCCGAUCCGCAGCCUCCCUCCCUGGAACUCCCAGUCCAGCAUGCCGUCCACACCAGACCUGCGGGUCCGGAGCCCCCACUACGUCCAUUCCACAAGGUCGGUGGAUAUCAGCCCCACGCGACUGCACAGCCUCGCCCUGCACUUUAGGCACCGAAGCUCCAGCUUAGAGUCCCAGGGCAAGCUCCUGGGCUCGGAGAACGACACAGGGAGCCCUGACUUCUACACCCCGCGGACUCGUAGCAGCAAUGGCUCGGAUCCCAUGGACGACUGCUCAUCGUGCACCAGCCACUCGAGCUCAGAGCACUACUACCCGGCGCAGAUGAACGCCAACUACUCGACGCUGGCCGAGGACUCACCAUCCAAGGCACGGCAGCGGCAGCGGCAGCGGCGACGCGUGGCAGGUGCCCUGGGCGCCGCGGCCUCCGGCAGCCUCCCCAACCUGGCGGCGCGGGGCGGUGCCAGUGGGGCAGGUGGUGCUGGCGGCGUCUACCUGCACAGCCAGAGCCAGCCCAGCUCGCAGUACCGCAUCAAGGAGUACCCGCUGUACAUUGAGGGCAGCGCCACGCCAGUGGUAGUGCGCAGUCUGGAGAGUGACCAGGAGGGCCACUACAGUGUCAAGGCCCAGUUCAAGACCUCCAACUCGUACACGGCCGGCGGCCUCUUCAAGGAGAGCUGGCGCGGUGGCGACGAGGGAGACGCGGGCCGCCUGACGCCGUCUCGCUCCCAGAUCCUGCGGACUCCGUCGCUGGGCCGCGAGGGUGCCCACGACAAGGGCGCGGGCCGCUCAGCGGUGUCAGACGAGCUGCGCCAGUGGUACCAGCGCUGCAGCGCCUCGCACAAGGAGCACAGCCGCCUGUCACACACCAGCUCCACCUCCUCCGACAGUGGCUCACAGUACAGCACCUCGUCCCAGAGCACCUUCGUGGCGCACAGCAGGGUCACCAGGAUGCCUCAGAUGUGCAAGGCCACGUCAGCUGCCUUACCUCAAAGCCAGAGAAGCUCAACACCAUCGAGUGAAAUUGGAGCCACCCCCCCAAGCAGUCCUCACCACAUCCUGACUUGGCAGACUGGGAGCUACAACGACAGCUGUUUCCUGGAUUCCUCCCUCUAUCCAGAACUAGCUGACGUCCAGUGGUACGGGCAGGAAAAAGCCAAGCCCGGGACCCUCGUGUGAGCCAGCCCGGCCAGAUCUGACCACCUCGACGCCAUUUGGAGUCACCUCACUGCCUCUCAUUUGCCUUACCCAGACGCACUGUCACCUGCACCAGCUUCGGCCCUCAGCACUUUUUCUUUCCCGUCUCCACAUCCCUUUCACCCUUCAAAACCUGACUGAGGAGACAUUCUGGAAGGUUCCGGUCCCACUGUGUGUCCCCUGGCUCUCUUGGCCACGGAGAGCCAGACAGCAAUCCUCAAUGGCACCUCAGUGGCUUCCCCAUGCCAUGACAGUCCCCAGGCCAGGAACUGUCAGGGAAGCCAGCCAGCUGGCAUCAAAUUCCUGCGGACAAGUGGCACUGAUAGAGAACAGGACAAGGGCCUCAAGUACUGGGUGAUCCAAAAGGACGAUGAAGCUGUGUCCAGGCUGCCCAGAGACAGCCUGCCAAGCACUUCACGCAGAGGACGCCGCGUGGGGAUGUUUGAACUACAUCUGAAAUACCCCUUCAUGAGACAGCUUGGGGGAAUGGCUGUAGGGGAGAUUGAAACAGGAAGCGUAAUGUUUAGACAAGCAUCAGAGGACCACAAUAAGUUCUGUGCUGCCAAAGAUGAAACAAAUUACAAAAAUAUAAGAGGAGCCAAGAAGACAUUCUGCAGUGAAAUUUCUUUUAAAUUCUAAACUGCAACUAUACCCCACAAGUCAAAGUCACAAGUUUGUAAACUGCAUCCUGUCUUUCUCUCCCCCCCCAUCUCUGGUCCACGUCCCACUCGGUAGACAGGCUGGAAGGGACCCCAGCGCGCAGGGCAAAAACGAGGGAGUCUUGGCUGGCAUUGCUGCCCCAGAGUCUGCAGCAGUCUGGACAGGAAGGAAGCCUGGCCCGCAGGGAGUAGCAGAGGGUGCUGGUCGCCCUGGUCCGUACAGGGGACUCAGCCCUUAGCCCCAGCCCCAAAGCUGCUUUCCUUUUGGGAUUUGUAGUAAACAUAAGGUGGUAAUUGCCAAAAGUGGUUCUCAUUAAAUCAACCAGUAAAUGUGUAUCCUGUGUUUUUGCACAACGCGUUUCAUUUUCUUUUUUUAUGGGAAGCCAAGGGAAAAGCACAUUGCCAUCCAUUUGAGUGUUAACUGUUGUGGCUCAUUUUAUAUUUGUUAGCACUUGUGUGACAAAGAGCUCAGAUACCUGUCACUUACUCAAAGGACCUAACUAUGCCCUUAGGCAGGGAGAUUUUACUCAUGUGUCUACCAGCUGGCAGGCAGAGCAGGGUUGAAAAACGUAUCAGCUCCCGAAGGGCCCAGCUACCUAUAAGACGACCGUUCCCUUGCUGCACCACGUUGGUCCUCAAAUACCCAAAGAGGAAGAAAAGAAGGCGGAAAAGUACCAUGUGGGAGCUGCUUGUUUACAUGUGUUUUGAGCUACGCUUAAUACACACCUGGAAAGCCAUCAAUCUUCAAAGGCCUCAAAAAACAUUUUUCUAAUAACUAACCAGUGCACAAUCGUAGUUGGGUUAUUCAAGAUGGCACAAGAAGGUCUCUGCAGAGGUGGUGUGCUGUGCUUGUUGGCACAAGUCAGGGGGGUGGGAGGGGCUUUUUUUCUUCCUUGUGAUGAUUUCCUGUUGGAAAGGCAUUUCACAGCCAGGGACAGGAGCCAGGGUGGGGGUCGUUUUGUGGGAAAACAGAACUGAAGUUAGCUUCAGCAUAAAAAGGAAAAAAAAAAAAACUUUUUUUUUCAUGUCUGUGUAAUCCAAGAAUAACAAUAGACUCUACCAGACCAGGAGAAUAAGAAUGGACACUCAAAUGCAAUCCCUAACCCUAGUGCUCCGUCUGCUGGGGCCUGGAAAGCUUGUAAGGAGAGUCAAGCUGGAGACCCAGGCUGGGCUGGCAUCAGGCCGGCCACAGCUGCUGCCACCAUGGCUCUGGGGACCAGUCAGGGCCAGCAUCUGCAGAUCCUGUGCAAGGAUGGGCUGGGACUCUAGCUUGCAGAAGGCAUGAACAGUCUCAGAACACUUUGGUUCUGUUACUAAAUAAAUGAGUCUAGGGCAUGAUUAGGAGGUCUUUUUGUUGCUCUUAUUUUGAUGGCCAGAACUACAAACAGCAGGGUUUGUAAAACUUCCUUUCCUGAUCCAGAAACAUGGCACAAUUGGGCCAUUUUCCAUUCUCCUAAAAGAUAAAUGAUUAGACUGAACUAUGUGCAAACGGGAACUAGAGAUGGCGGUGAGGUUGCAUGGUACAGGUUUUACAACACACAGUAGUCUGAAGUCAAUGGGAUCAAGCUUACAAGGAAUGCGAGUUACAAGGAAUACGAGGCAGACAUUCUAAGAACUUAGUUUUAGAUUUGGAGAGGCAGAGAAGUAUGGAAUGGAAGCAGGAAUUACAGUUCCAGCAAACAUCAUGAUAGUCUGGUAGUAAAGACAGAGAUUAAGUAAAACAGGUUUUACUGUUUAGCUGUGUUCAGUUAAUACAAAAUGUACAUAAAGUGUUGGUCCUUGGAGACUGACAUGAUCAAUGAUCAGUGUGGUGAGAAAUGAUGUAGUUAUUGUAUACAAGCACUUGAAAACUCUUUAUAUAGCCCUAUUUCUUUAAAACAGAAUACCAUGAACUAUAAAGCUCCUGGUCUGAUAUGAAGCCCCUAUUGGAUUCCUUGGAUACGUGUCAGAAGCGGCCUGUGUAAACCAGGAGACUGGUGAACACCCGUACAUCAGACCAUGUUGUGAGCCAGGUUGACUUUUUUAUUUUAUUAUAUUCAGGUGAGUGUGGAAACUGUUACAAUUCCAGUUUGUUUUCAUUCAGUAUUAGUUUAGUUCUAACUAUAACAAAUCCCAUCCAGGUGCUAUCAGAUGACCAAUUACUGCUUAGUUAACUAGGUGUAAAAUUUUACAUAUACAUUAAUGUCAUUAGUUUACUACAAGUUGUGUAAAAUGGACUCUAGUUUAAUAAUGGGGGAAAAAGGUUUAGGUUGCUCCUGAAACUGACUGUAGAGCAUGUAAAAUGACUUUAUGGGUUCUGUUCAACUGUAAUCAAAAGAUGGAUGUUGUAGACAAAGUUGCAGAAUUAAAAAAAAAUCUGCUUUUAAUUUA